AUGCGGACGGGAACGAAGCGACCUGUACCGUUAGCUGCUCGGUUUGAGUCACUUGUAUCCAGCUGCGGCCCACCUCUUUUGAAGUUAUGUCACCAACUGCGGUGGCACAAAGCUGAAUGCGCCGCGACCUAUCACGUCCAGGAGGGCGACACUUGCGAUAGCAUCGCAGAGGUGCAGAGCGUUCCGAGCAGAGAACUCUUGGAGGCCCACGACCACCUCGACGACAGGUGCGGCGGAAUCAAGGUGGGUCAGAACUUGUGCUUGCCGGCUCAGUGUAAGCUGCAUCUGGUAACGCCGGAUGAUUCGUGUGACUAUGUCAAAGUUGGGUAUGGCGUCAGCAUAGACAACCUGUCCGAGUGGAAUGCGAGGCUGUACAUCCAGUGGAAUGGCUUCAACACAGCUAUCUCUGGCUUCAUUUGCAUAGGAAACAAAGCAACAUACCACGUCACGACUCUCUCAUCAGCUAAGACAAGUGGCCGCCUACAGACGACGUCAAUAGCGCCAUACGUUAAGUCUUCUGCUUCAGAAUCAUCUAGUCGUACCUUGACCGGCAUAGUACAGAACGAGGAGGCGACUGAUAAAGUUUUGUCAUCAACGACGACAGAAGUGAGGGACUCUGCUUAA